AUGCAGACUGCUUCUACAAACAUUUGUGAAAGACUGUGCAAUAAGUCCAUCUGUGAAAUUUCCUUGCUACUAAAUAUUCCACAGUCAACUGUUAGUGGUAUUAUAACAAAGUGGAAGCAACUAGGAACAACAGCAACUCCACCAUGAAGUGGUAGGCCACGUAAAAUGACACAGCAGGGUCAGUGUAUGCUGAAGAGCACAGUGCGCAGAAGUCGCCAACUGUCUGCAGAGUUAUUAGCUAAAGAUCUCCAAACUUCAUGUGGCCUUCAGAUUAGCACAACAACAGUGCGUAGAGAGCUUCAUGGAAUGGGUUUCCACGGCCAAGCAGCUGCAUCUAAGACUUACAUCACCAAGUGCAAUGCAAAGCAUCGGAUGCCGUGGUGUAAAGCACGCUGCCACUGGACUCUA